AUGACGGCGACGCCCAGCGCCAGCGUUCCCGUGUCGGGCUCCGGCAAUGGGACUGCGACUUCCGCGCCUAUGUCGAGCUUCGCCAACGGCAUACCGCGCAAAUCCACACGCCUCAUCCUCAUGGUCGGCGACUCGAUCACGCAGUAUGCAGUUAGCCCAGGUAAGCAAGGCUUCCAAGCACUGCUCGCAAACGACUACAGUCGACUCGCCGACGUCAUCAACCGCGGCAUGUCGGGUUGGACCUCCAGCAACUGGAUCGCACACCUCGACCAGCUCCUUGCCGAGUGGUCACCCAAACCGCCAAGCCUCGUUACGAUCUUCCUCGGCACCAAUGACGCAGCCCUCCCCCACACCUCCAAGCACGUGCCGAUCGAGACGUACGCCGCCAACCUGCGCACCAUGGUGCAGCGGUUCAACACGUCAUUCGGUGGCACCAAGUUCAUCCUCUUGACGCCCCCUGUCGUCGGUAUCAACCCAAGCAUCAACGAGAUGUACCUCAACAACGCCACCAAGCCGUAUGCGAUGCGCUGCAAACAAGUGGGAAGCGAUCUCAACGUGCCCGUCAUCGACCUCUGGACGCCGCUACAAGGCGUGCCCGACAUUCACGAGGACGGUCUCCACCUCAGUGCGACGGGCAAUGCGUAUGUGCACAAGCAGUUGGUCGCUACGAUCGAGGCGUCAUACCCGGAGCUCGCACCCGCCAAGUUGCGACCCGACUACUAG